CUACUUCCUUUUGGAGGGACUGGUGGAAGGCUGAACAAAACUAUAUGAGGGCUCAUUUGGGAAAGUUUGGGCUACAUUUGUGUUGGGCCAAGCAAGGCAGUGCUGAGUAGUAAAUUCUGAUAUCCACUUAGGAAAAUCUGUUAGAUUAAGACUGGAGAGUGCAAAAAUAAUUCCUGUUAAAAAACAGUUGAAACAUGUUUUCACUCUUUGAAGCAGUUUUUGGAUUUUGCUACUGUGAGCUGAAACUCUCAGGAUGAACUAUGAAACAAAAUGACUGGUGUGAAGAAAAGGGAAGUGCAGUCCAAUCCUAUGAAUAUUUAUCAGAAGCAGACCCCACUGAGUUCAGUGACGCAUACCCCAAAGCAGCUGUGCAUAAGACUGCAGCCUCAUUUCCUUCUUGAAAGGGAGAAGACAGAGGCUGGGAGGUUUGAAAUACUAGGCUUCUGGCCAGUCUGGAUACAGGAGCCCAUCCAGAAAGGUGCUGAUUCUUCAUCCAUAUUAAUUCAUCCAAAACCAAGCUGGUUAAGACUGCAGACGGUGUGUCAUUCUCCAGCUGCAAUCAGUGAGGCUUGUUAGUUCCACCUGAAGAUCAUGCCAGGCGUGUACUGCCGGCCAGGCUGGACUGCCCUCCCUCUACAGAGCUCUUGUGUGAAGGCUUAUGCCAAUGGGUAUUCCCUGGGACUCACCGCUCACCUUACUUACAUGAACCUGGAGCAACAGCCUGUGGAAGGAGUAUUCGUUUAUCCCCUGGAGGAGUCAGAGGUGGUCUCAAGCUUUGAAGCUGUGGCAGGAAACCAAACCUCCACCUUUCAGAUCCAGAACCGGCCCCGGGUGGAGGACUGCUGCAUUGACUGUAAUGCAAGCUGGAACCAGCCACUCUGCUGCACCAACGGUCACUUGAUCCUAGAUGAAGACUUAGCACGCUCCACAUUCAUCAUCAGCACAGGCCCCGUUGGGCCCUCAGAAACCUUGACGGUGGUCUUCAGCAGCAGCCAAGAACUGGCCACCUUGCCAAAUGGUGCCCUACGUGUCCUCUUCCCCUCUGUGCUCAUGCCUUUCGUUGUAUCCAUCCCUGAAAGUGAAAGUGAGGCGAGAGGCUUGUGUGACGACAGGUUGGCCCUAUGCUCCACCAGUUGUUUCGGAUCCACUGGUCUGAAGAGUGAGCAGUCCUUCCUUGUGCCUCCCCAGAACACUGACAUUUUCAGGGGUGAGGUUUACAACCCCUUCCCCUACGAGUUCACCUUUGAGAUGCUGGUUAAGGGACCCUGUUUGCUAGCAGGAUUAGAGAGCCCAUCCCAUGUCCUUCGAGCUGAUGCAAAUCCUUUUGCAAGCUCUGCCUCAACUGUUUGCAUCACCUUGGCAGAGCAGCACAGAUGUGACAGAAACCUGGAGAUUAUCUUGUAUCCUUGUGAACCUCAUCAUCCACACCUUAUCAUAGAAGAUGGUGCCAUGACGUAUCAGGAAUAUGAGGCACACAUAAGGAGCCGUCGAGAUUAUGCUCGGAUUGCCAAAAAAGAUGACUGGGAGAGACAGGUGGCCUUUGUCCAGAAGAGGUUCCACAAAGACAUUUUUCACAAUCCUGUCCUGAUGCUAAAUUUCUGCCCUGAAGUUGGCAAUAUAUCCACUGAUUUCCAGACUGUCACUCGGGAAAUAGUCUUCCUUAUCGACUGGAAUGGAAGCAUGAGUGGCCUUGGCAUUGAUGGGAUCAAGGAUGCCCUGUUGGUGGCUGUGAAGAGCCUCCCUCCCUGCACCUUGUUGAAUGUGGCUGCUGUUGGCGCCAGCAUCAAGCCCGUUUUCACCAACAGCAGGCCCUGCAAUAGUGAAACCCUCAGGCUGGCCUGUGAAUACAUUCAGAAACUACGGCCUGAUAUGGGUGGAACUAACCUCCUAGCUGCUCUGACUUGGAUCUUGGGGCAGCCUCUUCACCGUGGGUAUCCACGGCAGCUCUUUAUUUUUACAGGUGCCAGUGUUGGAAACACAGGCAAGGUCAUUGAGCUGGUCAGGAGGCACAUGAGCACUGUCAGAUGUUUUACUUUUGGCCUGGGCUCUGGUGCUUGCCAUAGACUCCUGCAGGGAUUGGCGAAGGUGAGCAGAGGUCGGGCUGAAUUCCUAAGCCCAGGUGAAAGACUACAGCCCAAGCUGAUAAAGUCUUUGAAAAAAGCCAUUGAGCCAGCUGUGAGUGACAUCACGAUAGACUGGUAUGUGCCUGACACCAUGGAGGCCCUGCUAUCGCCCAAUGAGAUUGCAGCGCUGUAUCCCGGAGACCGCCUCAUCAGCUACUGCAGUCUUUACCACAUUGCCAGCUUCCGGGACAAGAAGGCAACAGGCAGAGAGCCAUUGUGCCGGAGUCUCUCUAGGGGCUCUGCCGCGUCAGUGUUCCAAUCCCAGGAAGAGGCAACAGGUUUGGAAGGAGCCCAUCCACACCCAGCUGAGGAGAGUGAAGACAUUUGUCGAGCCCUUCACGAAAUUUCCCAUGAGAUAUCCCUAGAGUUUUCUGCUGGGGGCACCGAGGAAUCUACGAAAAGUGGGGAUCCUGUGUCAGGAGGAGACAUCUGGAAGCGGAUUUUCCAGCCUUCCUACAUCCAGGAACAGUAUGUGCUCACUCACUGCUCAGUCAGCACCGACCACAGCCACGGCUUGCUCUCCCACAGUUCUACCAGCAGCGAGUCCACUGGCUCCAGAGAUGUACCUCCAGAGGGAGGCUCCUUGGCCCAGACUCUUGAAGGCAGCUCUCAGCAAGGCCAGAAGAGCGUCUCGCUAUGCAAUUCCUCCACCAAGUCUGCUCCAGUCUCCCACGCUCUGCCUGGUGUUGGUACUACGGUGUCUGUGGCGCUGAGCUCUGAGGAGCUGAUGCGGAGGAAGAAGGCACUGGCUCGAGCUGCUCUUUCUGGACGUAGUUUUUCCUCCCCACAUGGUGAACUAGAUGCCCAUCGGCUGCGCCGAGCCCUAGAGAAGGUGUCCCAGAAGCGGAACUGGUCUCUGGAAGGGAAGCUAGAUCAGAUUGGGCCUGAGUUGCAGAAGAUGCGCAAGAGUGCUGCUGAUUCCAGCAACUUGCUGUCACCGGCCCACCUAGACUGGGACAUGCUUUUGGAGCCCUCGUACCUUUUCAGCCCAUCACCAGCAACCGAGCGGGGAGAGUGUGAAGGCAGCACGUGGCCACUGCCGCUCCGGUGCCAAGUUGUCAUCCAUGGACUCAGUGCAGGAAAGCCGGUCUCCUGGGAAGCGACGGCUGCCCUGGAUUCCCUGCUCCUUGCCAAAGACAGCCAGUGCAAGGAGGAGCCGCCUGAACGGCAGCAGCAGAAUAAGGGCUGGGAUAAAUUGCUUCACCACUUGACUGCUGCCUCCGUCAUCCGGGAUAAUGAGAAUGUGUCUCAGAGAGAAGCCGAGCUGGAACAUGGUUUCUCACGAAGAUUCCGCCUUAAGGCUGUCCAGUCCAGCAAGGCUUGCAACACUGCCUCCAUAUAUACCUCCCUGGUGCCUGUGGACGCUUCUACUCAGGAGACCUUGCCGUCAGCCCUUGAAGUUCGAUGCAGAGGAGGCCUAUUCAGCUACCAGCAAGGAUCCAGUUCUGGCAGUCGGCAUCAACACAGUAACUCAUCAGGUAUGGGAUGGAGGCAGGUCUCAGAGGAACUGAAUGAUGCUCCUGUUUCUGCAGAACGAGAAGAGAUUCCUCCUUCUCCUAUCAGUGUCUCUUCUGCCACCCAAGAAAAGCAAAACUGUCUUGAUGGUGUUGAUUCCCGUCCCUCUCCUGUCUCUGUGGCCUCUCAGAAAUCGAUAGAGAACUUUGUAGGCUCCAGAUUCAGCAUCAGCCGGCGACGGGGACAAGGCUUGGCACUGCGUCCCCACUGUCUGACCCCGGAAAGUGAGCUCUCUUCUUGCGACAGUGCUAUUCAUGACUACCUCCCAUUGGUGCGGCUGCAGCAGGCCCCUGGCAUGUUCCAGCUGACUGAGAGCUUCUCAGAGGCUGUUCAGAUCCCACUGGACCGCUUGUGCCGGGCCUCUCCCUAUGCCUCCCAUCGCGCCAGCCUCAGCCCUGCCUCGAGCACCUCCCCUUGGGCACUCAUAGCCAAGAGCAGUCCAAAGCUGGCAGCCAACCUGCCUUCCCCGGAUGGCGGCGAAGUGGUCGGAACAAUCAAGGAGGGGGCCACUGAACCAGGCUUGUCUCACUCGCACAGCACCUGCUCAGAGGUGCUGAGUGCUGCCGUGUGGGUGCAGGCAGACAGCGGGCGCGGCUCCGAGACAGAUGCCUGCGACCAUUCGCCAGAUGCCUCUGAAGUGAGCGUCAGCCUGCAGGAGGCGUGCCUAGAGGCAGAGGAGGGAGACUUGGAAAGCAUGAGCUGGGCCACAGCUGUGGCCUUGGCCUGGCUGGAGCACUGCUGCGCCGGCUUCUUUGUGGAGUGGGAGCUGCUGGCAGCCAAGGCUGAUGCCUGGCUGCGGGCACAGCAGCUUCCAGAAGGUGUGGAUGUCUCUGCCUUGAAAGGGGCAGCACGCCAGCUCUUCCUUCUGCUCCGCCACUGGGACGAGAACAUCAAGCUGAACAUGCUGUGUUACAACCCAAACAACAUGUGAAGGAGGAGAUGGCAGGCUGGGCCUUCACCUUUGUGAGUGCCAAUAAAGAGAAUGAGUUCAGA